UUUUAAAAUUGUGCUUGCUGUCAUGAUUGAACAAUUUAUUUUCGUAUUGAAUAAAUUCAACGGAAUUAGAGCUAAUAUUGAGGGUGAAAUAAGCGUGUGUCGGUUGACGAAUUCAACUAAUGAAACGGAAUCGUGUAGAAUUUUUUCUUCCUUUUAUUUGAUGGAUUCGAAAUGCGCCACGUGCAAAUAUGGACCAAAAACAUAUGCCUGCACGCGGUAUUACCUAAGAAUCGACCGCGAAUACCGCGCUUUUGGCUCGUAUUCGGAGCUCCCCCCACUCUCAAUUCUCUUUAUAAAUGCACGCGAGUUACGUAAUGACCGACUAAGAAUACUGUGCCGUCCGAUUGGGGGAUUUUCGCAGCUUCGUCUCUAUCGGUAUAAAAUGAAAAAAUCACAAAAUAUGAUCGAUCCCGACUCGAGAUUACUUCAGUCGAGUCCCGCAGUCUCCCGAUGUUUCAUCGAAUUGAAAAUCUUCGUCAAACGAGUGUCGUGCAACAGUUUGUCGGCUGAUAAUGGAAGCAACAUUGCAGAAACUUUUGGAAUCGGAUGAAAAUGUCAAGCAGCCCACCGAGGAGUUGCGCGAAACUUUCAAAAACCCCGAAAGCAGUUCGCUCCUGUUCCAGCUGAUGGUCGCUUCUCAAAAUCCCAUGAUCAGGCAGUACGCUGCCGUGCUUCUGAAAAAGCGCCAUUCGCAGUUGAAAAAUUGGACGAAACUCCCAGUCGAGGCUCGCACACAAGCGAAACAGUUGGUCGUGCAGGCAUUUUUCAAACGACAGAGUCUCAGCGAAGAGGCGGACGGGAAGGUGCAAAAGGCGGUUGUCGAGCUGACGCGAACGAUAGUGAAGCACGAAUCGCCGAACAACGGAUGCCCACAGAUAUUCGAAACGAUAAAAGCGUUAGCGUCGAGUGGGAAUCUCGCUAAAAAAGAGCUGGGAAUGUACGCAAUUGAAAAAACCGCAGGAACAGUUCCGAGUGCAUACGUCGAUCGGAGUGCGUCGAUUGUCGAUAUUUUAAUCGAAAUUCUGCAACCGCCGACCGAAGGGACGAAGUCUCUGCUGGUGCAGGCCGUCAAGAGUCUCGCAGCGCUCGUAAGACACGUGGAAAGUGCAAGUCUGCGAGCAGCCAAUCCUCGUUUUCUCGAGAUUGGUUUGGAACUCGUGCAAAGUACAAACGACCCGGAAGUUCGUAAAACUGUCUACGGAUUGCUCGCGUCAAUCAGCAGAGUUCUGAAAAAAAAUAUGGCGCCGGCAUUACCCAGGAUAGUUGACUCUGUCAUCGAGGGUUUGUCCCGAGCCGAAGAUGCGGUCAAUAACGAGAGCGUCGAAAAUCCCAGUCUUUCGUUCCCAGUUUUCGAUGUUGGCAGCGACCUCGACGAGGGGGACGAAGACGUCGAGGAUUCCGAUGACGAGGACGCUGCUCGUCGCGGACCGAGAAGUCCCUGGGUCGAGGAAAAGAUCGAAGCGAUAUCGGCGUUGAGGCAAAUGGCCGAGAGUAGCGAGGAAGCGUUUUUGCCAAGCCUGAAAAAAUCCUUCGACGAGACACUCAAACUGACGAUUCAUUCUGACGCGGACGUGAGAGAAGCAGCGAUCGAUGCGCUGCUGCAAUUUUCUCUGAAUCUGUCAAAAUUUAGUGGGGCCGAGUGUCGAGAGGAGUUGUCGAAAGCGUUGUCGCUUCUAGUGCCGAAACUGUCGCACUCGAUAAGUCACGAUCCUGAGAAAUCGGUCGCGAUGAGCGGAAUGUGGGCUUACGCGAAAAUGUUGAAGGAAAUAAAUAACGAGGUUUUAUUGGGCGACGGUCAUCGAGCCGCGAUCGUUCAGUGCGUCAGCGAUGUACUGAUGGAAAAAACCGAGUGUCAGGGGCGGGCGAACGUGGCCGGGAAGAAUUGCGAGAACGACGACGUCGAGGGAGACGAAACUUUGACAGAAUACGCCAGCGAGGUUUUCUCGGCGCUGGGAAAAGUCAUUUUACCUGAAGAUUUUGCCGAGUACUUUCGAGCAGUUUUUCCCACGCUGGCAGAACGAUGCGCAAGUUAUUUUUCUCCCCGACGCGAUCGACCUUCUCGUUUUGUUGUUUUUAUUGUUCGACUCUUUUGCUGUCCGCAGAAAUCGAAGAAACGGGAGGCUCGGAGGUCAAUGGCGGUUGGUAUGAUCGCGAAGUGCAUGUCCGGCUUGAAGCACGCGUCGGGAGCGUUCGUCGAGCAGCUUUUGCCGCUGUUUUAUCAGUCUUCGUCGGACGAGUGCAGGUGCGUGCGUCACAAUGCUUUUUGGGGCUUGGGCGAGUUGGUUUUGCACUCGAAGGAAGCGAUGUUCGGUCGUUACGAGAGCGUCCUGUCACUCACUGAAACGGCGUUGGCUCGCGAGACCGAAGCUGGUCCUCGCGACAAUAUGAUCGGCCUGAUUGCUCGGAUGAUUAUCACCAACUACUCGAUACUCGAGAUAAAUCGAGUGUUUUCAUUGUUCGUCGAAAAGCUACCGCUGCGACAAGACUUCGUCGAAUACGAGGCUGUCUUUGCCGCUGUAUCAACACUUUUUCGAGCCAAUCACGAAAUCAUCAAACCCGCACAGCUUCGGGACCUUCUGAAGCUCGCCAUCGACGUACUUUACGAUGACAAAGCGCCCAAUGACGAAACACGCGAGACGAUAAUAGGCUUCGUGAAAUCAGUUAAUCGCGAUUUCAGCGAAAUCUACAACGCGGUACACUCUCAACUGCCGCCCAAAGUAGCGACGAAUUUGAUGCACAUUCUUUCCUGAUACGGCCUCCGAAGAUUUUUGCGUCAAGAGUCAAUUUUUUUUUUCUAUCACGCACGAUAUUCCAAGUUCCCAGUCACUGGUCCUAAUCCCACGGUUUAUUUGUAAAGAAAACUAUCGAAUAAAGCACUGAGCGACGGACUA